CGAAUCUGUGUCGAGUGGGGGCAAAGGAAUGAAUUCCCCUGACCACGCCGGUCUAACUCACAGUCAGUCGCCAGUGCCGAACAGCCAUGGAUUAUAUCUGUCUUUUCCUCUUCGUCUUUUUUGGCGCUUCGGCGGCUGUUGAAAUGUCUCCAAGGUCCAACAGGAUAAGAUUUCCGACGAAUGAAUCACCUUCUCAGAAUUACUUUGGACCACAUAUGUUCCCAGCGGAGAGUCAAGAUGUACCUAUAAUUCGUGGAGUUCCAAAUUUCAAGGGUAUCCCACUCAACGUUGUACCACAGGUCUCUUCUCUUUCAAAACCUUUUGGAGAAGAAUCUUUAAAAGGUUACUCUGAAGGUAUAAUAUAUCAGCAGCCUGGUGGGUAUGAUGAUGAGUUCUAUCACGCCUCACCACCUGUAAGAUCUGUUCCGUAUGGUUCUCCUAAAUUGCAUGUUGGAAACAGCAAUAAACCAUCUAAUUCUGGAAAUAAACAAAAAAAGCACACAGAAAGACAUAGGUUUUCACCUCAGAGAUACAACCACAACCAAGUCAAUCCGGGUAAACCUUUCCCACCUGCUGCAACACAAAUAUUCAAUUCAAAUCUAGGUAAAGAAACAAAACCAGAAAAUGUUUAUAAACAUUUCAUAAUGACACACCACGGACUGCAGAAACAGCACAGUAAUGGAAAUGCUGAUAGUGAUUUUAUGGAAGCGUUUAAAAAUCACCAAAUUAAGAAGCUUAGACCUCAGCAGCAGCCUGUAAAGCAUUUUGCUAAUAACGAUGAAGAAUAUUUUGAUUAUGAACAACCUAGACCUCAAUGGCAAAUGAAGGAACAUUUGCAAGAACUCACAGGCCACCCGAUGCACUUUAAAAAUAGCCAUCCACACAAUCAUCACCAGCACAAUGAAGAAACGAAGCAACAUUUUCAACAAAAUCCUGAAGAAAGCUACAGUUACGAGGAUAGCUUCGAAUCCCAAGAAGUUGUGAAUAAAUUCCCGCACAAGUACGUACCGGCCAACGAUCAUGUUCAGGAAUAUCAUUCGGGUCAUGAUACAAGGCAUAAGCCAAAAUACGAAAAUCACAAACACAAUUUCCCGGAGGUUCAAGUCCACAGGAGGCCGGCUGAAUACCAACAGAGCCAUUUCAAAAAGGUUAAAGAGGAACCUUUUUUGGAAAUAACAAAAGAAAAGAUUACAAAGUACAACCCGCACAACUUUGAAAGGAUCCACAGAAAUCCGCCUUUCGAGCACAAAUUGACUUCAGGCUCUGAGUGGAUUCCAAUCAACGCCCCUGAGGGCGCACUCCCCGCCAAAUCUUACGAGAUCCCAGCGCCGGAUUUGUCCAAGGGCCACGAUCACGCCCAGUUCCAAAGGAUUACCGGCCAAAAUUUUCACACAAACGAAAGAGUUCUGUACAGGCCUGGAACCGGCGACAACUUCAAAUUAAGCCAAAGACCUAGUAACAUAGUCUACGGAGGAAGAAAGAAAAUUGGAAAUGAGGAAGUGGUAUCGGCUUCUGUGAUGGUUAAGCAAUAAAACAACCCGAUACACAUUAAAUUAAAUAAUGGGUU